CCACCCAAUCCAUAAUCCAAUUUACUUGAAUCCAAAAAGAUCACAGUUCACACCCUUUUCUUCUCUCUCACUCACUUCUCCAAAACAACCCACCAAGGCACUUGUUUUUCUUUUCCCUCUCUUCUUCCUUCUUCUUCUUCUAUCAUCACAGCAAUGGCUGCUGCAGUAACUGCUGCAGUCUCCUUUCCAUCCUCUAAGUCCACUUCUCUUCCCACAAGAACAUCCAUUACCUCACCAGAGCGAAUCACCUUCAAGAAGUUCAAUGCUGUUUACUACAGAGAUGGCUCUUCUGGUGGGAGAAUGGGUUCAAUUGUCAGAGCCCAGGUCACGACCGAGGCUCCUGCUAAGGUCGAGAAGGAGUCUAAAAAGAUGGAGGAAGGUUUGAUAGUUAACAAGUUCAAGCCCAAGAAUCCUUACAUUGGUAGAUGCCUUUUGAAUACCAAAAUCACUGGUGAUGAUGCUCCUGGAGAAACUUGGCACAUGGUCUUCAGCACUGAAGGGGAGGUUCCUUACAGAGAAGGGCAAUCUAUUGGAGUCAUUCCAGAUGGUAUUGACAAGAAUGGGAAGCCUCACAAGCUGAGAUUGUACUCUAUUGCCAGCAGUGCCAUUGGUGAUUUUGGUGACUCCAAAACUGUUUCCCUCUGCGUGAAACGCCUUGUAUACACCAAUGACCAAGGAGAACUAGUCAAAGGAGUCUGCUCAAAUUUCUUGUGUGACUUAAAACCUGGUUCCGAAGUGAAGAUUACAGGACCAAUUGGGAAGGAAAUGCUUAUGCCGAAAGAUCCCAAUGCCACUGUCGUCAUGCUUGCUACUGGAACCGGUAUUGCUCCUUUCCGCUCAUUCUUGUGGAAAAUGUUCUUUGAGAAGCACGAAGAUUACAAGUUCAAUGGUUUGGCCUGGCUUUUCUUGGGGGUUCCCACAAGUAGUUCAUUGCUUUACAAAGAGGAGUUUGAGAAAAUGAAGGAGAAGGCUCCUGACAACUUCAGGCUUGAUUUUGCCGUGAGCAGAGAACAGACGAACGAAAAAGGAGAGAAGAUGUACAUUCAAACCCGAAUGGCUCAAUACGCUGAAGAACUAUGGGAGUUGCUCAAGAAAGAUAACACCUUUGUCUAUAUGUGUGGGCUCAAAGGAAUGGAGCAGGGAAUUGAUGAAAUAAUGGCGUCAUUGGCCGAAAGGGAUGGCAUCAAUUGGGUGGAAUACAAAAGGCAAUUGAAGAAGACAGAGCAAUGGAAUGUGGAAGUCUACUAAUGCUUGAUUACAUUGUACAAAAUAUCACCCCCCCCCCCCCACCCUCCUUUAUUUUUGUUAUUUCAAGCAUGUUUUCCACUCCCAAUGUGUAGAUAGCUAAUGCUGGUGUAAUUUUCUUUAAAAUUUUGUUCUUGGUAAUAAAGAAGCAGUUGUAUUAUCUAUGGCCUCUUGAUCAUGGGCCAUA